AUGGUUGGAGAUCGUACCACAAAACAAAGAUUGUCUACAGAAGGUUUAAGAGCUGAAUACGAUGUUAUGUAUGGAUGGGAAUUUGCUGAUGCUACUGGCCGAUCAAUUGACUCCAGUUUAUUCGCUGACAGUGUAUCCAUCGAUUCAACUGGCAGUCUACGUUUAAGAGAUUUAGUAGCACCGAAUCGUGGAAAUUUACCCUAUAAAAUACGUUGUGUUGCUGUAGUCAGUAAACGUCCAAGUACACCGGAAGAGAAACCUGGUCCAUCAAAAUCAUAUAAAUCUGAUUACUUUGGAUUAGAUAUUAAACGGCCGGAUGGUACAUCGACGAGAAUUAUUGGUGGUAAAGUUGACAUUGCUGGAAACUUAGUCAAAGUGAAGAUUGAAGGUUUAAAACCCGAUGGGACAUUUACCACACAACUUGGUGGAAAUGCUACCAUUAAAUGUCUUGCUAUUGAUUCAGAAACCAAUGAACCAAUUGAAGAUGUAGCUGUUGGAUGGGAUAUUCGACGAUCGAAUGGAGCCAUUGUGAAUAUGGGUAUUUUAGCAGAUCAAGUUAUACAAGAGAUGAAUAAACUUGAUUUCUAUUCAAUGAAACCGUUGAAUUCAUUCACUGAUGAUAUACAAGGAAGAUGUUUAGUUUAUCGAGGGAAUCAAAUAUAUCGGUCGGAUUAUUUUAAAGUUAAAGUUUCUACUACACCUAAAGAGACAGAGAUUGAAGGUGAUGGUCGAAUUGUAGUACGUUUAGUCAAUAUCCCGCUUACAGAUCGUAGAAUUAUUUUGGAACCAGGUGAAAUAGAGUCAAUCCAAUGUGUUGGAACAGAUGCUCAAACUGGUGAAGAAUUGACCUAUCUAACCUAUGGUUGGGAUUAUUACUAUACCAUGCCUGAAAGCUCACUGCCUAUUCAAGGUUCCCUCGGUCCUAUGGUGAAGAGAGUUGAAGAAUCCCCAUCAGGUUAUUUGUAUAUUACACCAAGUAGUGAAUUAAAUGACAAAGGUGAAGCUUAUCUACGAUGUCGUCUAUCGAAUGGAACAGCUGUCUACUCAUCACCAUACUAUCGAUUGGUUUCAGAAGCUGAUGCUGAAGCAGGCGAAGUUAUUCCAGUAUCUCCUGCUGCAAGAUAUCUUAUCACUGUGCACGGUUUGAAUGAUGACGGAAACCUGUUGAUCAAGCCAGAGGAUAAGGUUUCCUUAGAAUGCAGUGCUAUUGAUACCACAACACGUCAGCCAGCUGAGAAUGUCUUAUACGUCUGGGAAUUCCAAGCAGCUAAUGGUCAUCCACCGAAAGGUGAUUUCCAAUUCGCUGAAAAUCAAGUUUCAAUCGAUAAUUUGGAUACAGCAAGUGGGACUAUUAAAGGUCGAUGUAAAGUCUCCCAAAAAGGAUCAAAUAAAUGGGAUAGUUCACCUGACUUCAUAAUCCACUUGGAAAGACAUCCUGAUGAAGCAGAAAUUAUUCCGCCGAUAAUCGAUAAAGAUGUUGAUGACGAAAAGCGAAAAGAGUACGAAGAAGCUAUUCGACAGAAAGGAGUUAAAGAAGCUGAUGAUGAUCGCGUUGUCGUCACUGUGGACGGAUUGAAUGAUGCGGGGCAUCUGAUUGAAGCUGGUGGUGCUGAAAAGACACUGGAUUGUAAUGCUGAAGUUCAAGAAGGCGUAAAUUCUGAAAUACUCGCUUAUAGUUGGGAAUUAAUGGAUGCCUAUGGAAAUCCUGUCUCUCUAAGUAUUUUAGCCGAUAAUGUCGUGAUAACAAGCAGCGAUGGAGUAUUAAAGCUAAACGGAUUACGUGUUAGUGAGUUAUCUCAACGGGGUGACUUGAAAGGACGAUGUACUGUUAAAGUGAAGAUAACAAAAUCAAUUGAAAUGCCAGAUGGUACACAGAAAGAGAAAACUGAACAAUUGAUUUAUAAGUCAAAUAUGUUUGGUGUAGCAAUUACAGAAAGUGGUGAUUAUACUGGAACUAUCGAUUUCUCCAUGAAAGCAUAUCAGUUAGAGAAUUAG